ACUCUCACACCCUCCUUCCUGCUUCCUCCCCCUCGUUAGGGCCCUAUAAAAUAGCCAAGUCUGCUUCAAGUCCCCCAGUCUCUUCCAGACCUGCAUCAUCAACAGAUCCAUCAUGAAGUUUGUUGCUCUAGCUCUUGCCUUUCUGCUGGCUGCAGGUUGCCAAGCUGAAUUAACGCAGGCAGAUGCUCCAAAUAAGUAUGAGCACAUCAGAGCUGGGGUGGUGACCGCCCUUACCCAGGCUAAGGAGUCAGCACAAAGAGCUAUCGAUCAGCUUGAUGAUGCUGAAUUCAAGGAUUACAAGGCACGUCUCACUAAGGGACUGGAGUUCGUUGAGCACUCCAUCACGUCUGCCGCUGCAUCUCUUACCCCAUUCCGUGAGGGAUUGGGACCCCAGUUAAUUGAGUACUUUUCUUCUACUCGCGAGAAGCUUUCCAAUGACAUAGAGGCGUUGCGACAGGAGCUGGAGCCUAAGUGUAAGGAGCUGAGUGAGGUUGUGAAGAAGCAUCUCGUAGAGUACCGUACACUGCUGGAGCCUGCACUUAAGGAGUACACUGAGAAGAACCAGCAUGUGGUGGAGGAGUUCAAAAUCAAAUUUGAGCCUGUAGUCAAGGAUCUUCAAGAGAAAAUCAAGGUCAACGUGGAGGAGACCAAGUCCAAGCUGACCCCCAUAGUGGAAAUCAUUCGCAACAAGCUGACCAAGAUCCUUGAGGAUCUGAAGACCGAAUAUGGACCCCAUGUCCAGGAGUACAGAGAGCAGAUAGAAAGUGUCACAGCGGAUCUUCGAAGCAAGUAUGAAAGUGGGGCGCUGCAAGAGAAGUUCACAAAACUGGUUGAGGAACUCAAGCCCAAGCUGCAGGAUAUCUACGAAACCAUUGACAAGGCUUUCAAGGCAUAAACACUCUCACUCACCUUGCUUUGCCACAGAUCUGCCUUAAAAUCUUCCAUCUCAAUUACCUUACAUCCUGUUAUCAUCAGGGUCUCUUCAAGAAUUCAGCACUUUCCAUUCAUCACAUGAGCUGAUGCAAAAACUGUAAAAAAAAAAAUAUGGCCCAAUAAAAUACAAACAGUUUCAUGUUAA